AUGCGUAUCUUCCCCAAAGAGACCAACAUCACCCCUCAAAUUGAGGUCCUCUGCGCCCAGCCCACGUUCUCGACCUGGUCCUCCCUGCGUCUCCUGUGUGCCUCAGUGAACUCUGUCGACGAUGGAGCAAAGGAGGCUGCCAAGGCACUACGAAAGGUUCUGCGUGGAGAUCUCCCUCGCCACCAGAUGAAUGCCAUCAUUACCACCAACCCUCAAGUCAAACUAUGCCUUAUGGAGAGACUCGCUUCCUGGGCGCGUGCAUGCUCCUCCGAUCCCAGUCUUAUCCUCAUCCCCAACCUCUACAACGGCCUUGUUUACGAGCAAGUCGUUCCAUUCUACGACCCAAAUGCUCCUAGUCAGUACCCCGCCAUUGGGCCCAACGUCAUUGUCAGCCCACUUACCUCGCCUACUUCCUCAGCCCCUCCUUCCAGGGCUGGAUCGUUCAAUGCAACCACUGAUGAAAUCCUUCGUCACGUCGAGAUGGCCAAGAACAACUCCCAAAUGCUCACCGAGACGGUCUCGUUUACAGACCCUGAUGCCGCCACCAAGGACGAACUCAGCCUAAUCAAGGAGUUUUUCAAGAAGUGCAUGGAAUUGCAGCGCGACACUCAAAUGUACCUAAGCGAUAUCACCUCGAGGCCCGCAUUCGACGAGAUCUCCCUUGGUCAACUGUUGUACGCCAAUGAGGAUCUGGUCAACGCAAUCAAGUGCCACAACGGCUUUACGGAGAAGAUCCACCUCAAGCGCGCACUCCAACGUUCUACCUCCACCAUUACCGCCACUACCACUACCCUCGCUCCUACGACCACCACCACUCAGGUACCCAUUUCUCAGGACUCUUCGGCCUCUCCACCAGCAUCACCACAACAACCCACCCGUACCUCCUCUGACGAGGCUCAUUUCAAGGACUUGAUCGACACUGAUGGUGCCGGUGUUGGCUCUGGAUACAGGAACGCCACCUCGGACUACAGGGGCUCGUCAACAUCAGCACCAGGAUCAGCAGCAUCUAAAGGAAAGACCGCCGUCUUAUAUUCUUCCCCUCCUGGAUCGUCAAUUGCUGCAGCUUCAGCAUCAUCCGAGCCCUCUUUCGAUCCCUUUGCUGACGAUUCUCAUUUUGUUACCCAUGAGUCUGAUCCAAAUCGUGUCGCCGUUGCCAUUAGGAAUGGAAAGCGCCCAGUUCUGAAUCCAAAGGAGGAGCCGCUGACUGAGCAGGAGCGGGAUCUGAUUCACCUCAUCAAGAUUCAAUCCUUGUCCGAGCCCGAACGUAUCGAAACUUCUAAUGGUACCUCGUCUUCAUCAUCAUCUACCGCUGCCGCCGCUGCAGUUGCAGCUAUUGCGGCUGCUCGGCCAGGUGCUGCCAGUGCGCCCACCGCACUCCAAGUUGCCACGCCAGUUGUUUAG